AUGAAGUUGGCCGUGGUCUCAGUCGUCGUCCUACUCGUGAUUUUCGUGUCCUGGCCUGUAUCGGCAUACCAAAAAGACUCACCUGGAGGUGGAGGAUACGGAGGCGACGAGGAGCAUGACACGAAUUUAUGGUUUCCUUUGGACAAUCUAUUAUCGUUGAGUUAUUAUGAUAAGAUUUGUCCAGAUUUUGAGAAAAUCGUCGACACCAAAGUGAGGGAAUGGACAAAGACUGACCCUUCCCUCGGUCCCGCCCUCCUCCGCCUUCUCUUCCACGAUUGUGGUGUCACGGGAUGUGAUGCGUCAGUUCUUCUAGACCACGAAGGAUCGGAGAGAAGAUCUCCAGCGAGCAAAACCCUAAGAGGCUUCGAGCUAAUCGACGAUAUCAAGGCCGAGCUCGAGAAAUCUUGCCGCGGAUUAGUCUCCUGCGCCGACAUCCUAGUCGCAGCUAGCCGCGACGCCACCUACCAACUCAAAGGCCCUUACUGGCCCAACGCUUACGGUCGUCGUGACUCCAAAACCUCUUACGCUAGAGACGUGGAGAAAGUCCCUUCAGGCCGUCGUGACGUCACAGCUCUCCUCGAGACGUUUCAGUCUUACGGACUAAACAUCCUCGACCUAGUUGUCCUUUCCGGAGCUCACACCAUCGGAAAAGCCAACUGUGGAACCAUCCAGUCUAGGCUUUACAACUUCAACGGCACCAGUGAAUCUGAUCCGUCUAUUAAUCCCGAAUUGGCAGAUUACUUGAGGCGCAAGUGUCGUUGGGCGUCCGAAACCGUUGACCUAGACGUCAAGACUCCGGUUACAUUCGAUAACCAGUAUUACAUUAAUCUUAAGAAUCAUGAGGGAGUUUUGACGACUGAUCAGGAGCUUCUUAAGGACCCGAGGACCGCUCCGCUUGUAGACGCUUUCGCGACGCAGCCCUCUCAUAUGUUCAGACAGCAGUUUGCUGUGUCGAUGGCUAAGCUAGUCAAUGUUGGUGUCAUCACCGGCGAAGAUCGUAUCGGAGAGAUCAGGAAGGUUUGCAGCAAAUCAAACUCAAAACAUUGA